AUGCCUACAGACUUACACUGCUAUGUUCGGUCAACAGAUCCCUUCCAUGAAGGACGCAUACGAAAUCGUCAAUGCAAAGGCGUACCUGGCAUCGCUCACCGGCUGUCCGACAUGACAACCUGCCGUGGUUGCAUUGAGCGACCACUCUUCACCUGUCUCAAAGAGCCAUGGGCUCUCUGCAUGGUCCUCAGCCACCUCACACUGAUCGGUUUGGGACAGCGUGCCCAUGCCAGUGUUGAGCUUGGAAAGGCCGUGAAUCUUGAGGAUGACUUCGAAGUUCGGGAGGAUGCAGACCGGAAGUUCUUGUCGAAGUGCUACGAAGUUGCAGAAGCCUGCCGGCGCGAGGAGGAAGGCGAGCCCGCAAAAACGAACGAGGUUGAUUGCUGGGAUGCCGCAGACAUGAAGUCCGAUGUCCGGUCUGUGGAGGUUGGCUGCUACGAGCCCUGGAGCGCUACGCCGCCACGACUUGGCCAAGAAGCGAAGAACCUGCUGCUUGGUCGACAAGGAUACAACAGGGCCUGGUCUGAUACUCCACGCCAAGGCAUCUACAGAUCCUCCGAGGGCUUGGGCCAGCUUGCCCGUGUCAGCAACCUCCCACUCGACGUGCCGGUGCGGCGUGGCAUAGCGUGCCAGCGAGCAUGGAUUUGGCCACCGCGGCCCGACCGCCUGGCGGUCGAAGCGGCUGAGGUAGAGACGGAGACCUCCAUUCAGGUGCCGGUGUUUGACAGUCCGCUCGACGAUCCAUUCGAGCCGCCACCGCAGGCCACCUGGUCGCGGAUGCGGGCAGAGGCCCCCGAGUUCGUCCCGAACGAGGACCCGCAGCCAGUUAUGAUUGUGGGGCCGUACCAGCUUCCGCCGGGCUGCCUCAUCGUCAUGGUCGCGGUGCCGAUGCCCAUGUUUGAGAUGGGGGAAGAACUCUUCACGACGUACGGCUCGGAGGUGCCGGCCAUCAACGAGAGCCAGGUUGAUCCGACGUUUGGGCGACGUGUCGCCACUCCGCAGUACCACGAUGCGCAACUCGGUGAGUCGAUGGUUGUUUACGAGGCUUU